UGUCCGCCCGCGGCACGCAUUAGAGCUGCAGCCUCCUUGCGCCGGCUCCCGCGGUCGCAGCUCGUGCCGCCUCUUGCUCGCCCUCGCCUGAGCAGCUUGCUUCGUGCGUCGGCCCUCCGACACACGGGCUCCAAGCCGCCUCUCUCUUUCCCUAAAGCCCUUCAAGGCGGUCUUCGGUUCCCUUCUCUCCAGCCGACCCGCUGCAGCCCCGCGAAGAUGGUGGACCGCGAGCAACUGGUGCAGAAAGCCCGGCUGGCCGAGCAGGCGGAGCGCUACGAUGAUAUGGCCGCGGCCAUGAAGAACGUGACCGAGCUGAAUGAACCGCUGUCCAACGAGGAACGAAACCUUCUGUCAGUUGCCUACAAGAACGUGGUUGGGGCUCGCCGCUCCUCCUGGAGGGUCAUCAGCAGCAUCGAGCAGAAAACCUCUGCGGAUGGCAAUGAGAAGAAGAUUGAGAUGGUCCGAGCCUACCGGGAGAAGAUCGAGAAGGAGCUCGAGGCCGUGUGCCAGGAUGUGCUGAGCCUGCUGGAUAACUACCUGAUCAAGAAUUGCAGCGAGACCCAGUACGAGAGCAAAGUGUUCUACCUGAAAAUGAAAGGGGACUAUUACCGCUACCUGGCUGAAGUGGCCACCGGGGAGAAACGGGCGACCGUGGUGGAGUCGUCCGAGAAGGCCUACAGCGAAGCCCACGAGAUCAGCAAGGAGCACAUGCAGCCCACCCACCCCAUCCGGCUGGGCCUGGCGCUCAACUACUCCGUUUUCUACUACGAGAUCCAGAACGCCCCGGAGCAAGCAUGCCACCUGGCCAAGACCGCCUUCGACGACGCCAUCGCCGAGCUCGACACUCUGAACGAGGACUCCUACAAGGACUCCACUCUGAUCAUGCAGCUGCUCCGAGACAACCUAACGCUCUGGACAAGCGACCAGCAAGACGACGACGGCGGCGAAGGCAACAAUUAAGGCCCCGGGUGGACUGGCAGCGCACGCUGAUGCUACUACUGCAGUCUUUAUUUUUUUCCCAUGAGUUGGGGUCGGGUGGGGGAGGGGAAAGGGAGGGCUGACCUUCCCAGGGAGAAACCCACGACUGUCCUGUCUUUGAUCGCCUCUUUGACAUUUUUGCCAAAAUACCACUAGUGGAAAGUCAGGCUUGCUAUGCUGGUAUCGGAGCAGCGGCCUCACACAGGCACCCGGACUGUCGCAGGCUCGUGCAAGUGGAGCAGUCUGCCUUUAGUUUAACUUAUUGCCAGACGGUAGGGUUUAAGACAAAGAGAAACUGGAGAUGGAUGGCCCUCAUUCAGUGUGUUCUGUGGUUCCAGUAAGAAUUCUGUCCACACUCUCGUCUUCAGUUCUGUGGCUGUUUUCUCUCUGUUGUGGCUGUGCUAGGUUUUUUAUUUUGUUUUUUCUUUUCCCUUUCCCCAGGGUGAUCACUACCAGAGAAGGCAUAGUUUAAAGUUACCCAAGUGGACAGGCUUAGAGUGGAAGACACGACCUUUAUGGAUGGGUCAGGCCUGGGCCUGUUUUCGGGAGUCUGGUGGGUUGACAGUAUUAACACUAAAUUCUAGUUUACAGUAUUUCCACACGACAGCCAUACACGACAUGAAGCCAUUGGUUCUGAGUUUUCCUUUGUCAGCUCAGCUUUGCGUCCGUGUCCUGCUGUGUCCAGGUUGGUCUGGCUGUUCCUCAGCUCCUACAGUGUUGAGAAUCAGAACCUCCUUUUGGGUUUUGGUUAAUGGGUGCUUGGCAGGUAGCUGGCUGCGGGAUACUUUUUUUUUUUAAGUUCUUCUUUACUCUUUAAGUUAAGCCCACCACAAAAAUAGAACCUGUUAGGCGCCACACAGAGAAAAUGGAGAAAAUCCAGGUCUGUAUGCCAUUUCUCGUUGGUAUUUUCAGAGACGCUGUUCCCCAGCAGCUAGGGCUCCCUCCUCACUCACUGCCUGAUGCCCGCUUCUCGGCACUGAGUCUCCCCACACCUGGUGCUGUGGGCAUGCAGCGUCUGGAGGCCAUGUGAUUGUAGAGGGUGAUCACAGCCAGCUUCACUCAGUCCUGUCCAGUGUGGGAGCCUGGUCCCCAAGUCAGCUGUCCCGCCACCCCUCACCACCCAGCUCUUUCCCCACGUGCUUGGUGGAGGGGAGCUGAUGUUUAGGGGGUGCUCUCUGCCUGUUUCACCUAAGCUUUCCUGGUUUUUCCUUUUGAAUGAGAGCAUAGAUGCUGGAGAUCGGCCUCUGUAUGGAGAGGUCACUGCACACAUGACAUUGAAGGAAGCUCUGCUGCUGUGUCCUACAUGGUCCGUCUCACUUAGCUCCAGUCCCUUUCUCACUGUGGGUAAAUCUAUCCAUAAACAUGCAUACACUUGCAUGCAGAGUGUACAGUUUCUCUCUUCUAGAGGAUCCAUGGUCCUAUGGAUUCCCAAGAUGGGCAACCCCCCAAACGUGCUUUCCUUGUGUUCAGACAACGAGCUGGCAGCCACCUUCUCCCAUACCAAAAGCAAGCUCCCGUGUGAGAAGUGAGUAUGCUGAGCGGAUGCUGUGAUGUGUAGGACUGUCCCUCUGCCCAGUCCAAGCAUGCCUUUCCUCAGAGGCCCCUCUUGCUAGUGAGCAAGUACCCCCAGCCGAGGCCCCUGGAAGAACCGAGGGAGGAAGCUUGGCCACCAGAGCCAUGGACGGGGUCAGUGGGACUUCACCUAGUUUGUCUGUGUCCGCAGUGAGCAUGUUCUUGUCCCGCUUGUCCUGUUUGGAAACCAUCUACUGGAAUUGCAAGACCUAGUUUCUCUUUACAUUUCAGUCUUGACCCUGGCUGUGUUCUAGAAAGAUCAUGUGAGAGGGUAGACCUGAAGAGGGGAGAGCGGGAGACCGAUGUUUGAGCUUAGAUGGUUUCUGCUCCUCUCCUUGACUGUUGAAGCGCACCUGCCUGUGAUGCUGCCUCCAGUGCCGCGGUUGCUCCUCCGUCCUAUUGAUGCAGUAUUGUGCAUGCUGGUGUUGUAUUUCUAUACGGUAGCUUGACAUUUAUUAACUUAUACUGUAGGUGUUAUGUAUUCCUAUGACAAAAAAACUAAGACUUCAACAUUUUUUAAAUUUUUUUUUAAUUUAAGUUUUUCCUUUCAGGGGUAAAGUUUGCUUUACCAAAUAGUGAUUGUAACAAAUUGAUCUGUUUUGGAUGUUGCUAUAGUGACAUGCAGUUCUAUAUUUUGUUUUUCAGGGGGGAGGGGACUAAAGAAACACCAGUGUUAGCUUACUCUUAAUGUCUGGUGUUUGUCAUGGUGAAAUUAUAACUAUUACAGUGUAGGAGAACGCCACGGACGUUCUCUGAAUGCGCCUGUGUGCUUUCUCGUCAUGUUAUGCAGUGAACUAUUUUUAAGGUCUAAUCAAGUGAUUUUUUUCCCCCUCAACUCCGUGUUUCGCUAAGGAAUUAUUUCGCACACGGACCAUUCUUAGCAGUUUUCCUCAGUGAUGGAAUAUUCAUGAAUGUGAGUCAUUAUGUAGCCGUCGUACAUUGAGCAAAAUAAACGCACAGAUCUGA